AUGAGAUGGGAAAAAGUUGUCAUUGCCUUAAAUUUUAACAACCUGAUUCAACAGAGAAUGUUUGCUAACUAUGACAUAACAGUUGAGCUCACUUUUCAACAUUCAAAACCAAAACAUGAAAAUUGUUUUCACAUAACAAAUGAUGCAAAUUUUUGGUUAGCUUUUCAUUGUUCCGGACUGAGAAAAGAAAUGCUUUGGCAUAUGAUACCAUUAAUAAAAUUAAACGACGUAGAAAUAAUUGUAUGGCGAUUCCCUAAUGUAGAGUUCGUUCGUAGAUGUUUUAUUGUGGAAAUCUUAAUGUUUCCACUAUGA